AUGGUGCAGCUUGAAGGCAGAGGAGAGUCACAGCUUCAUCCAGCAGUUUGCCUGGCAAGUGAAAGAAGAGAAGUCUGCAGGCUCAGAAGACAAAAAGAAGACAAGAAGAAGAAAGAAAAGAAAACAAAAGGAGAAAAAGAAGUGCCUGCUCGGCGUCUGCUUAGUCGCCAGCAGGACGUCCUCUUCAUGCUGCGCAUUCUGUCUUUCUCGGUCUCUAUUGGUGCCUUUGAUAUGGGAAGGCAGAGCAGAUAUGGUUCACAGGAAAGGGGCGGGUCUAUUGGACUUGCUACCUGCUACCCUGCAGCCUCAAAGACACUCCAUAGACAGACUACAGAAGUACAUACUGCCUUGUCUAGGCUCAAAAGCUGGAUUCAAGGUGGUUUUAGCAUAAAGUAUUAUGAUACCUCUGGCUUUGUGCUUAGAAGAGGGGGUUUGGUGAAGUUCAGACGGAAAGGCCCUGUUGAGAUAAUGCCAGUUGAUAUUAGGAUAAAAAGGGGUUUAUCUAUAUCUUAG